UUAUCAUCCAUACACAUUGCAGAAUGCCUGAAAUAUCCGAAAGGGGCCAACUGUCAAAUCUGAAAUCAAUCUUCCCUAGCGAUUUGGAAAUACCACUCCUAUUCCCGCCACCGCCAAAGAAGAACAGAAAUUUUCAGAAACUAUGAGCUACUCAUUAUCCACACCAAAACCUACCAAUCUCACCAUCUCUUCCUCGAUUGUCAAUUGUACUUCUCCAGUUGCCAUACUUGCUCUCCAUUUCCCAAUCUCGUCUAAUUCAAAACGAAUUCGUCCUCCAAUACGACUUCGUUUUUCGCCCACAGUUGUCAGAUCUCAGUCUCCUUCAAACCCGCAAAGCAGGAGCAAAGAAGAAGAAGACGACGCGGAAGCCCAAGUUCAAGACCUCCGUGUCCCCGACCAUUGGCUGCUCCCUUCGAAGGCUCUCCAGGAAUCAGAAUGGCUUAGGGUCACCUUGCACAAAUGGCUGGAUGAUGAGUACUGCCCCGAGGAUACCAACGUAGAAAUAAGUAAAGUUGCUGCACAGUCUUAUUACGAGUCUUUGGUAGGGAAACGAACUGACUUGGGUGAGAUCUUGUUGACGAUGGCUAGAAAGUUGGAAUCUAUUUCUUAUCAAGAAAGCUUUCAUGGGGCAUUUUCUUCAGCAAAUGCAGCCGUGAAUUUGAUUGCCCAGCGGAUAGAGCUUCAAGGUAAAAGUUUAUGAGUUAUUUACCGGUUACCUUUUUAUUUUGUUCUCCAAUUUUCGUUGCUCUCUGUAUUUGUCUAAUUGCAAUACUGGGAAUUCUUUCCUUUUUACCUCUGUUUAUAAGCACAGGAGGAAUAAAAUUCUAGGGCAACAAAACAUGCUCAUAUAAUUACGGACUUGUUGAAUUGUUUGCUCUUUUGAACCUAUAUGUAUAGAUAAGCAUGUGUCAGUACAUACAAAAUUAUUGCUUAGCAUUAGCUCUGUGGCUUUCAUAGAAUUCUAUGUUAUGUUGAACCUUAUUAACAAUGAUUUCUUCAACAAUGAAUCUCAGCAUUUUAUUU